GCACACGCCAUGUUUUAAUUGCAAAGACGCAGGAACUAAUUUGUUGAGGAAAACUUAGAAAACACAGGAAUUAAAAAAAAAUUAACAAUAUCGCGACAUCGAUUAAAAUUUGAUUCUGAAUAGAAAAGUGCUAAUAGUUUGUGUAUAUUGAAAAACACCGCCAAGGUCGCUGCAACGCAGCCUAAGAAGAAGAAAACCUGCAGCCAGCGAGUAACCAAAUAAAACAAAUAAUUAAAAAACAAAAAACUACACACAAAAUGGUGCCAAUGAAGCAAACGAAAAACAAUAAAAGCGAAAUUAUGGUGGUCGAGAAGAAACCAAAGAUGCAGUCGGCCAACACAAACACCUCGAUUAUUACAUAUAGCCCGAGCAAAUUUAUUGCCAGGGCUGGCAACCCGUACACAAAAAUACAAACCCACACACACACGCACACACAUAUAGCCAGAGCGUCGGCUCCAGCAGCAGCAGCAACAACGACAGCAACGGCCAAAAUACCAACAGCUGGAGCCGCAAACACCUCGUACUAUGUGGUUAAGGCGGGCCAGCUGGGUAGCGCCGCGUCCAUAUUGAGCUCACCACCCAAAGCAGCAGCAGCGGCGGCGGCAGCAGCUGCGGCAGCCGCGUCUGCACCGAUUUCAACAGAGAGUUCCAGCACAAUUUCGGCACCCAGCGAAACAGCCCCCAUGGAGCAUACCUAUAUGCGCGAUGCUCCGCGCCCGGACAACACCAUAAACAAUGGCCUGGCACCGGCACGCACCAUUCUCGUGCGCCAUGCGCCGCAGUGCCCCACCUGCCACACAUAUCCAGCUCAUGAGGAGUCUGGUGACGCGCAGCAGUCGGCACAUAUUCCGCCAUACGAUGAGAUUGCGGCAAAGGAGCUGAUGAACGAGUGCGCACGCAUUGCCAAAUAUGUGCGAAACAGCAAUUCCGACGAGCAGGAUUGGCAGGCACGCAUUAACCGAGUUGGCUGGACACAUAUGCAGGAAACAUUGUUUGAUAAAGUUGCGACCAUAUUGGAUCAGGAUCAAUUGGCGCGACUUGCCAACGACAAGCGCCAGAAUGAGGCAGUGCAUCGGCGGGUGGCCGUUGACAAAUCCAGUUCUCGCAUGCGGCGCGCCUUGGCCAGCAUUGCCUGGGAGCCACGCACCACGCAGUGGCUGCAUGCACUGCUCAUGGAACAGCUGCCACCUUCGUAUAUGGCUUCCUAUCUAGACAUUAUACAAACUCUGAAAAGCAAGCUGCCCACACUAAUUGAUAAAAUGCUGUUCAGUCGGCCGCUGAACAAUAGCCAAGAACUGCUUGCCCCAGUUAUGAAAAAGCGAUGGCAACCAGAGAUACUGGCCAAGUCGCGACAUCUGGCACACAAUGCCAUAAUGGUUGCGGUGCCUAAUAUGCCCACCAGUGGCCCAGUGCCGGAGCGUAUGCAAAAUUGGUAUCAAGCCUUGGCCAGCAUAACACAAAUUGUUCAAAUCACGCUGCCCAAUACGAAUGAUCGCAUUGGACGCCAGAAUCUGGAUCAAGUGGCCGAGACGAUUGUCUCGCUGACACGCGUACGCAUACACGAGCUACGCACAGAGAAUCCCAAUCGUGGAAUAAUUCUGAUUGGCUUCAAUGCCGGCUCUGCUCUGGCCCUUCAAGUGGCAAUGUCGGAGAGCGUUGCUUGCGUCAUUUGCAUGGGCUUUGCGUACAAUACGUUGCGCGGACCGCGCGGUGCUCCGGAUGAUCGCUUGCUGGAUAUAAAGGCGCCAAUUUUGUUUGUCAUCGGUCAGAAUGCGGCACGCAGCAGCCAGGAGGAAAUGGAGGGUUUGCGGGAGCGCAUGCAAUCUGAAUCCUCGCUGGUCGUCGUGGGCAGUGCGGAUGAUGCGCUGCGUGUGCCCAAAAGCAAGCGACGCAUUGAGGGUGUCACACAAGCCAUGGUGGAUUCCAUGGUGGUGGAUGAGGUCUACGAGUUUGUUAACAAGACGCUGAGCAAUCCGCCGGGUCCGCGCAUGCCCACUUCGCUGCUGGGCAGCAAUUCGUAUCAGCGCCAGCCCAAACAACAGCAGCAUAUCCUGGCCGAUGGCAGUGUCAACAAGGUGCCGCUCGCCUCAGCGCGAAAGCGCAAAGCUCAUGACGGGCAGGAGGAGGGCGGCAUGCAGGCCACCAAAUCCAAAAUCGUGCCGCACAAAGUGCGCGCUCCCAAAUUGCCCAAACCAAAGCCGCCGCGACUCAUUGAUCCGUUUGCGGUCAAGCGAAAGGUUGGGCGCCCACGCACGCGUCCACUGCCCGGUGGCGUGCCCACUGCGAUAAAGCCAAGCAUGGCGGAGAAGCAUUCGCUGAGCAACGAGGAGAUGAACAUGUCCAUUGAGUCUAUCUUGGAGGAAACACUUGAAUAUGAUGAUAGCCAGCCGUCAGUGCCUGCGCCAGCUGUUGUGAAGCCAACGCCAAGUAUGGUCAAGCCCCCGCCGACCACCGUUUCGCUGUCAACAGGCACCAAGAUCAAGAUGAUACCCUCCAGCCAGUUUGUGCAGUUGAAGGCGCUACCCACGCAGAGCAAACUGGUCAACUACACCAUCAGCAAGAACAGCAACAACAGCAGCAGCAGCCCCACAGUGGCGGGCACAACGAGCAUUGGCAGUAUUGUGAAGACCUUGCCCGCCUCCAGUGGCCAGCAGAUCUUUACGCUUAAAACCCCCACGGGCCAAACAACGCAGUUUGUAACUGCUGCUCCCACCGGCGCCGCCAGCUCAACUCCAUCCGCGGCCCAGCAAAAGUAUACGGUGGUUAAGAAUGCCAGCGGCAUAACUAUGUUGCAAAUGACUAAAAAUAUGCCGGCGCCAUCGCCAAGCAUAGCUAACAGCAUGGAUCUAUCCAAUAUCAUAGACAUGCCCAUUGUGUUUGCGGACAACGAGGGCAACUUUGCCGAACAGCAGCAGCAACAGCUACAACAACAACAACAGCAGCAGCAGCAGCUGCAGCUGCAACAAGUGGAACCCAUUAAAAAUGCAGCCGCCGGCGCCAGCCCAUUGAUUAUCAGCCAGAAGAUCCUAAAGGAGGCCCCCAAUACCAUCAAGCCCAACAGCAUUGUCACCAAUAGCAAGGGUAUUGUGAUAAACAAAGGCAUCCAGCAGUUGUUUACCACAACACCAACUACCAUAGGGGGUGGCAAUAAGCUUGUCUACUUGAAUCGCAGCACCAUGAAGCCGGUGGGCACAACGACGACAGCGCGUCUGCCAAGCGGCGCCACAGCUCUGCCCAUACGUAUUGUGAGCAGCCCCAAGCCGCCAACUGCUGGCACGCCCACAACGAGCAGCUCCUUGCUGUUGGAUGCGGCGAAUGUGAAGACGCUUAAUCUGCAGACAAUCAAGACAACUGCGGGCACGCCCGUACUAAACCCUGUCACGUCGGGCGCACUGCGUCUGGGCAACAAGACCUAUCCGCAGUUUCAGGUCAUCAACAGUCCAGUUGUUAACACCACCAUAGCAGGCGAUGGCAAACAGCCGCUGCGCAAUAUUUACUUCAAAUCUGCGACGGGCCUCAAGCCCGUGCAAAUGUUGGCCAAUCGGUCGCCGGCCAUACCGGCCAUAGCGCCGGGCGGCGCUGCAGUGCGUCGCGUGCUAAACAUUGGCGCCAUGGCCAAGCCAACCACUGUGACAGUUAACGCCCACGCUAUCAAGGACUCAAAGAUCAUCAAAGCAGCGACGACGCCAACAACGACGACGACAGGCACCAUAGGAACGCUCACGCAGAGCAAGCCCUUGGAACAGUAGCUGUGGCGCGAGCUUUGCUGAGCAUCUUCCUCCCGCGCUGUUUGUUAACUUUACAUUAAGAUAAAGUACUUGGACUCUAGAAUUCUAAAGAUAUGCCAUAAGUUAUAUUAGUGUAAAUAGACCUUGUUGAUCUUUAAAUACAUUUACAGAUUUGAAUAAUUUUAUGAUCAGCAUUUGUUACGUAAACAGUGAAAGCUCUUUUGAGCGGACGCCCAGGCUAUUCGUUUUUUAUUCGAAUAGGAAUAAAUGUAUAGGAAAAUCUCUUAACAAA